UUGUAAUAAACGUCCCUAAAACGGUGUUGAUACAAAAAAUAUCACCUCGCUUUUGAAAACAAACCGAACGGCAGAAUUAUGGCUUCAGCGCUAGAAUCUUACGUCAAUAAAACAGUUUCAAUAGUGACAGCUGAUGGAAGGAUAAUUGUGGGAAUGCUGAAAGGUUUUGACCAAACUAUCAACCUGAUACUGGAUGAGAGCCAUGAACGUGUGUACAGCAGUUCGGAAGGUGUGGAGCAGGUCAUUCUAGGGCUGUAUAUCGUCAGGGGAGAUAAUGUUGCUGUGAUUGGUGAGGUGGACGACGAUACGGACAGAUCUAUUGACUAUACCAGCAUAAGAGCUGAACCACUGAGUUCUGUAUCCCACUGAUACACUGGGAAUGAGGAAUUUGAACCAAUCCAUCUCUGGCAGCAUCUUUUGUGUUUGAGAGAUACAUGUAUAGGAAGAGAGACUUUGAAUCCUGUAUCAGUGGAAAUUUGGGACUGUUGGGCUCAUAUUAAGUAUCAUCCGGAGUUUGCGUUUGAGACCUCAUUCAGGUGUAAAAUUACCAAAAAACAUAUAAUUGUUGGCGAUAAUUGCUGGAUCAGUUACAGAUAUAUUAUGGUUUUCAAUUGCAAACUUAUAAUUUGUUAAAUAGAAUAAAAAGAUGAUGUUUUAUGACAUUUGGAAAUUUUCUGAGCCUGAUACUCAAAUUCAGACUCAAAAUGUUAGUGAAUUUUUGCCAUGAUCUACUGUUCCUCAGCAUUAGCUUUAGAUAUAUGCUUGACAAUGGUUUUUAACUCGCAUCUUACAGUGUAUCAUAAACAAUAUAAUAAUGCUGAUAGGAAAACUGAUAUGACUGAGGAUUUAUUGUGUUUUCAGUUUCAGGUCAUCUAUUUUCACAAACAAAACAUCGUGGUAUUGUCAUAGUCUUGGUAUUGUUGUCCUCGUCAUCAUCAGCGGGAGCUCUGUCUGCUUAGUGAAAACACUUUUAACUUUGCUCUGUACUCAAAAAACUUUCCGUACAUUCUAAUGAAAUUUGGUCAACAUGUUUCAAGAGAUAAAAUGAACAUGUACAGCAGGACCGAUAACUCUAGGCAUAAAUAUUUGUUAUGCCCCUUUUUCCCCAAAGAUAAACAGAAUUGUGUUUUCCCACAGCGCUGUUGUAUCAAACUAAUUGUUCUACAUGUAGUUCAUAGUGCUCAUAAUUGAGUUUUUAUGUUCAUUUUAAUCCAUGAAGGAUUGAUUACAACUUUCUAAAUCCGAUAUGUAACAGUACGAAGUUGACAGGCCUUUUGUUUUAAACAAAAUGCGAAGAUUCUAAAUUAUAUAAUGUACAUGACUUAGAUUUAAAAGUUAGAUUUUCACUAGUAUGUCCAUAAACAUAAGAAGGAUCUUUUCAAAGAAAGCUAUAUUUAAAACAAUCCAAUAAUGUUUGGUUAAAUAUCUUAAUAGCAUGUAUACAUUUUCACAGUCUUACAUGUACAAAGGGUACUUCAUCUAUUACGAGCUUUUAUUUUGCUGAUGUUUUUUUUAUCUAUUAUAAAUUUCCGAGAUAAAUUGUUUAACUUUGAGAAAAGUUCAAAAUUGUUUGUAAUUCCAUAUUUUAUAUCAUACUUGUAUGUUAUUCCAUAGUUCAUGUCAGAAUGGUAUAUCACCAAUAUUUUAUAUCAAUAUUUUAUGUCACCCAAUAAAAUUUCAUUUUAAAAUUUCAUUCACAUUCAAUGGGACAAAUCAUAAUUACUACUAUUUCCAUCUGAUUUUCAUUGUUAAAUAGACUUACUUUGUUUGUUUUGACUCUGAUAUAGAUGUGUAAAUAAAU